UCCGUGCUAAUUCACGUUUUUACGAGUCAUAUCGAAACUGAUAAAACUACACAACGUAGUUGAGGAGUUGUCUAGAAAAGGUAACGCUAAAAAUGUUACCUCUUUCCGUGUUUAUUCUCUUUUUGAAUUUAGAGGGUUGUUAAGGUUUUAUCUCGGCUUUAACUGCACUUCCGUGUUUGUUCUUGUGUGACGCUUUCUCUUUUACUGCGGUGUCUGAUUCAGUACACAGACCUCCGUAAAAAACACAUCAGGGUUGGAUGUGUUUUUGGAACCAAAAUGGGAACAAAAUACAGCGUAAACUCAUCUUCGCCGAUACGAAGUUCUGGAGAACCUGUCUUUCCUCUUCCAUUGGACAUAUUGGAGGAAAUCUUCCUAAAUCUGCCCCCUCAACACGUGGUGUGUGUGUGUCGAUUAGUGUGCCGCCAGUGGAAAGAUGUGGCCGACAGCGAGUCUUUCUGGAGAGAAAGAUGUAGGAGAGAGGGAUAUCGUCUCCGUGAUCCUUCCAGAGUUCCCAGCAACAACUGGAGGUUGUUUUACUUCUUGUGCAAGAAGAGGAGAAAUCUCAUAAAGAAUCCAAGAGCAGAAGAUGAAUUUCAAAGUUGGGAAAUACUGAAGAACGGUGGACAUAAGUGGACCAUAGAGGGAUCUAAGGUGCAACAUUCAAAUCCAGCAGUCCAGAAAAACUAUGUGACCUCGUUUGAUUGGUGCACAAAGGUGCAGGUGAUUGAUCUGACGAAAGAAGGUUACAGCCCAUCAUUUAUGGACAAGUUCCAGCCGCCUAUCCGGAUAUCUGACUGGUAUGGGGCGCGUUCAGAUUGUGGAAGCAUCUACAUUAUUUCUGUGCAGCUACUAGAUCACAAGAAAAAUGUUCUGAAGAACUUCAGGCCUCAGGAUGUUACUAUUCCACAGUGGAAUGAUGAGCAGUGGCAUCAAAUGGAGUAUGUCUUCAAGGACUACGGACCAGGAGUGAGAUAUGUCCGUUUCACCCAUGGUGGCAAAGACACACAGUUCUGGGCAGGAUGGUAUGGCAUUCGUGUAACAGAAAGCUGCGUUGAAAUUUGUCCAGCAUUGGACAGCUAGCUUAUUUACGCAACUGUGUUAGGAAUACAGCUCUGAAUAUCUUUGAGUACUUGAGUUAGGAAAAAUAUUAACCUUUUGGCCUUCUAAGCAAUUUUAACUCGGAGACAUCCUGUAAUGUACUGACAAAAAAAACAUGUAAGUCAGGAAGGUUUUUAUUUUUAUAUUGUCUUCAGAUGGAAUUUUUUUUUAUUAUUCUGUGAAAUGACCUCCACACACAUGCCUCAAAAUAUGUCUAAAUCGUACAAGGAUGCUUUGCUAUGCAUAAAGUGAGUUGAUUUUUUUUUUAUAACUUGAAUGUAAAAGGUUUGCAUUUACUUGUUUGUAGAUUUCUCUAUCUGUUACUAGAACUGGACACACUGACGUACUCCUGAACUUUAUCAACUUAUUUAAUCAAAAGUCCAUUCGUCAAUUAAACAGUUACUAACGCAAACAAUGCAACAUAAAUAGUUGGAAUUGCUUCAAGACUGUUUAAAUGUAUGUAUCUAACCUGUUCUGGAAGACAGCACCUUUACCUUUAUUCUUUUUCGAAUUUGCACAUUUAUUUUUUACAAACCGCUGUGUAUUAAAUGCAACCAUUUGCUUUUUCUGACAUGUUAACUGAAUAUGUCUUCAUGGUUAUGAUGCCUUUAUGUAUGUGGUGUUAUUAAUGAAGAGAAACGUCAAACUUUGCACUUUAUGUAAAUACGUAUACUUGGUUUGCAAAAAAACAGCCUCAUGUUAUGCAGCUGUCAAAGCGGCGUCCCUUUAAAAACAAUGUUAAUACUGCAAUUUGAAACGAUGUAUCGGUUAUUGAAGUAUUUGUCAUUGACAGUCAUGAAUAUUUUACCAAGUCCUUGUUAAAAGUGGAUCAUAAUAGGGCAAGUUUGUAAACACAGAUCUCUGCAAUGUUAAAUAGAUAUUACUUUUGAAGCCAUUGUGAAGUAUUCAUAAUGACAUUUUUUGUGACAGCAUAAAAUGACAAUAUGAUCAAGCAGAGAGUUCACAAAAGCUUCCGAUUCAAUAAAAGGUUUUGGCAUAUUAAA